AGACUCCUCCCCCUCAUAUGUUAAUGCUAUACAUAGGCAGCUGGGUCUUUAGUGUGUGAGCAGAGGGUCAUUGAUAUCUGAAUUGCUGGGCUUCCUUUUGUCUGGAGAACUGCAAUCAUGUCUGAUAAACCGGUGCUUUACUACUUCGAUGGAAGGGGGAAAAUGGAGUCUAUCCGCUGGGCACUUGCUGCAGUUGGUGUCGAGUUUGAAGAGAAGCUAUAUGAUACAAAGGAGGAGUAUGAAAAAUUGCUAAAGAGUGGAGAUUUGCUGUUUCAGCAGGUUCCAAUGGUGAAAAUGGAUGGCUUGAAACUAGUACAAUCAAAAGCCAUCCUGAACUACAUAGCUGGAAAAUACAACAUAUACGGAAAGGACAUUAAAGAAAGACUAUUCAUUGAUAUGUAUACCGAGGGGAUCGUAGACCUAAUGGAUUUGAUCAUUAAAUUAUUCUUUAUGGCUGAAGCUGAACAGCAGAAACAACGGGAUCUUGUGAAACACAAAGCUUUGAACAGAUAUUUUCCAGUUUAUGAAAAGGCUUUGGCAAACCAGGAAUAUUUAGUUGGAAAAAAAUUUAGUAUAGCAGAUGUGCAGCUCCUGGAAGUCAUUUUAGCAGUGGAAGAGCUACAUCCUACUAUCCUGCAAAACUUUCCUAAUUUACAGGCUUUCAAAGGAAGAAUAUCUUCAGUCCCAACAAUUAAGAAGUUUUUGGCCCCAGGAAGUAAAAGAAAGCCUAUUGCUGAUGAAAUAUAUGUAAACAAUAUAAAUAAAAUUUUCAGCUGAUCAAGAAAUAUCAACAACCGUGUAAAAAAAAUUACAAUGAGUAAUAUGCAUACUUUUGCACUCAUAUUAAAGUGUGCAGUUUAUAUGUGUUUGAAGUUUAUAUUUCAUUAAAGACUGUACUAUGGAAA